CAUAUAAAAGCUGUUAGCAGCUCCUGGGGCCAGCCGCGUCAAAACUAGCAAGAGUUUUUGCUCUUAGACGGUUUGUAAUAAGACACACUCCUCCUUACAAGUGUCUAUGCCACAACAUAGCAAAGAACUUUUUUAAAAAUUGGAAGGACAAUAUACUCAUUUUGGCAUUGCUCAGAGCAGAGCAAACCCUGUGGCUUCUCCCCUCCUCCAUCCCAAGAUGACAGCAAUCUCUGCUGUCAGUGGCGUGCUCUUGUUCUCCUUUCUCUGUGAAACAAGUGCAGUCGUCUUACUCAACGCCACUGACUCAUCCUCGCCAACCAAUAACUUCACUGAUAUUGAAGCCGCUCUAAAAGCACAUCUGGAUUCAGCGGAUCUCCCCAAAGCCAGGAGGAAGCGCUACAUCUCUCAGAAUGACAUGAUUGCCAUACUCGAUUAUCACAAUCAAGUUCGGGGCAAGGUGUUUCCACCUGCUGCUAACAUGGAAUACAUGGUUUGGGAUGAAAACCUUGCAAAAUCAGCGGAGGCUUGGGCUGCCACAUGCAUUUGGGACCAUGGACCUUCUUAUUUACUGAGAUUUUUGGGCCAAAAUCUGUCUGUACGAACUGGAAGGUAUCGCUCCAUUCUCCAAUUAGUAAAACCAUGGUAUGAUGAAGUGAAAGACUAUGCUUUUCCAUAUCCUCAAGACUGCAACCCCAGAUGCCCUAUGAGAUGUUAUGGACCAAUGUGUACACAUUAUACACAGAUGGUCUGGGCAACUUCCAAUCGGAUUGGCUGUGCAAUCCAUACCUGCCAGAACAUGAAUGUUUGGGGAGCUGUGUGGCAGCGAGCAAUUUACUUGGUAUGCAACUAUGCCCCCAAGGGAAACUGGAUUGGAGAAGCACCAUACAAAGUAGGAGUGCCAUGCUCAGCUUGUCCUCCCAGUUACGGAGGAUCUUGUACUGAUAACCUUUGUUUUCCGGGAGUAACAUCAAACUACUUAUACUGGUUUAAGUAAAUUAAAAUUUGCCCCAUUUCUUUUUCAGUAGGAUGGUUUUCUGGGAUAUCAAAGCUUAUAAAUUGAAUUUUGCACAUAUUAUGCAAAAUUUUAUAGUAAUCAUUUUAUCUUUUGGUAUUCAUUUGUAUAAAUUAGCUUUUGUAUAAUAUAAAUUCAUUUGACCCUUUGGGAAGUAAAAAGUGUUCGUUCAUAAUCCCCAGUACUAAGAGAGAAUAAGCAUAAAUUAUUUGAAAAGAAAACAACAUAAUUCCUAAUGUGAAUAUUCUAAUUGUUUUAAAAAAAGAAUUGAGUAAUAAUUUAUUCAUUUCCAAAAUGUAUUAUUCUUAGGCAACAAUUUCUUUAAGGAUAAGAUUGAUCUUUUACCAGCAAUGAAAAUUAAUUUAUGGUAUAGUGUAACAUAUAAAAGAAUAUAAUUUACUAUUGAAAUAGAGAAAUAAGUUUCAACUUGAUUGUAAAAUGUGUAAGAUGAAGGACAUUUUCAGGAGUACUUUCUUAUGGUGGCUUAUUAGGAAAUCUCACAAAAUGGCAUUUAGCAAUAUCUGGAACAACUUCAUUUCUGUCAGAAAGGCGAAAAAGUAAAAUGCUCAAGGGAGUUGGCCUCUUUUGGUUAACAAAAGAUAGGAUUUCCCCCCAAUUACUUCUUAGCAGCAAUUAACUCAGACUUUAAAAAAAAUUCAAAAAGCAAUGUGAUACAGUGAUUUGCAUUCCUAAGCUCGUAUUGCCACUGACUGCCUGUGGGGCCCUAGGCAAGCUAAUUUCUACACUUGUUUCCUGUAAUAACAUUAUCAUUAAUACUCCACAGAUUCGUGGACUGGGCAUGUAAUGGCUAAAGCAGUGUGGUUUGAGAGAUGCUGAAAUCUUCUGCCAAUUAUUAAAAUAUAAAUUUAUAAAAGGGGAAGGGAAGGAAAGAGAGGAAUGUUAGCACCUGUUAAUGUAUCAUUAGUAGGCCAUUUAUCAGAUCAGGUGACUAAUCCCUUAGGAAACAGGGCUCUAAGGGAGUUGGGACACAGGAAUAGUAGGAUUUUAUGAAGGAUAUAAUGAAGAGAUGAAUAAUCUCUCAAGCACAAGACAGAGGAGAAAGUCACUUGGGAAAUUUCUGUGGGAAACCUUGAGAUUGUUGGGGCCAUUUUGAAUAUAAAGACUGUAUUUAUAGAACAUUUCCAAAAGGAGAAGCAGGGGAUUACAAAGAAUGACCUUACCAACUUUAUAAUUGUGCCUGGGGUGAAUGAAUCAACCUAUUUUGUGAAUUAGUGAAUCAAUCUAUUUUAUGAAUUAAUGACACAGUAUUCAUACACUUUUCAUGGAAGCAGUUGUUUUACAUGUUUCAUUGAGGAAAGAUAUGUAAUCUUUCUAUAUUUUAUUUCUAGUUUGUAAAGCAGGAAUGAUGAUCUUUGGUGCCUAUUUCACAGUUUCCUGUGAGGGCAAAUAAUACCAUAUUGAUAGAGAUUUUGUUAACUAAGAGGCAAGAGUAGAGACUAUAACUUGAAUGUCUAUUAAAAUUAAAAUGUUGCGCUUAAAUAUUAAUGAAUACACAUUUGGGAAUUAAGAAACCAACAGAAAUAAUUAGGAUCAUUGCAUCUCCAAAGCCUUUGUAAAGACCAAGAAAAAGUUAUAAAUAAUCAAACUAUGUGUUCAUUAAAACAAUUACAUUAAUUGUCAGACCUAUUAGACUAAAGAUUAUGGGCUAUGCAUUUUUGAAUUACACUCAUAGAGUGAUGUUUUCCAAAACAACUAGAAUUAUACACUAAUUUAUAAUUUAGUAACUUUGCUGAAAAUUGUAUAAUGGGUAUAUUUGUUAUUGUAGCUGUUACUUUAAAGAAAUUAGUAAUAUAAAGUGCCUGUGUGAAAUAUUUUAUUUUCCAGGGCUAAAGCUAAUGAAAGUAUGCUAGUAGCAAUUAAAUGUAUAUAUAUAUAUAUAUUUUUUUUUUUGCAACACACAACAAUGGUGCUGGAAUAAAUAUAUCAGCAUAUUAUAUCACACUGGGCAUAAGCUAGUUCAUAAAAGCAGCUUUCUAUAAAAUCUGUAGCAAGCAUUAAGGUUUUCAUUUGAAAAUAUUUCACUCAAAAGAUAGAGUAAUGGGUUUAUUGUUUAUUGAACAUUGUUUACCAUCUCAGAAUUAUAGAUUAUGUCUCCAUAAUAGCAUAUCCAACAACAACAAAAAGAUUUUUAAAAAGUUAAUCAAUAGAUUCUUUUUCUAUACAACUGCAAAGAAUCAAUAUGACUUCACUGGCUUUUGUUAUCAUUUAAGUGGUAAACUUCCUCAAGGAUGGAUAGUUGUUUGGGUAUUGCAUAGACAGAACCACAAUAUUUCAUGUGAUAUAGAUAAUCUUGCCUUAAUAAGCAUUGCAGAGUGUUAUAGUGUAUUCCUUGGUUAGUAACAGCAAGUGAAAUUUUUUGCAUGGCCAGUUUGCACAAUUCUGCAAGCUAGCAGAUAUACAGUGAUAUAAGUCUAGGCACAGAAUGCACUUGGAGGCCCCAUCCAGCUAUGUAAGAGUGGGUAAAAUUGUGUGAUAGGUUCCAUGCACAUAAGUGACUCAUAUGAUCAGGUUCAAAGUAAUACGUUUUGAUUUCAUGUACUGUAAUGUACUGAACUAGCCUUGCUAUUGGGUUGAGCAUCCAGAUUAUUGAAUUCAACUUAUAAUUGAGUCCUAAUUUUGGGUAAUUUGCAUGUGGACAGUGCUUAGCAUGUCAUGUUUAUUACUUAAAUGAACCAGCCAGAUAAUUUGCAUGGAUAUACCUAACCUAACUGUUCCAUUUUGAACUAUUAUUAUAUUAGGAAGGGACUCAUGCUUCGAAGCUGGUCUAAUGUCUUACACUGUGUGAUAAACCCUUAUUUCUACAGAUUUUUAGGAGGCAAAUUUUGGCUCAAAUGAGAGCCUUUAUGUGCUACACUGUUCAGGGAGAAGGAAGUUGGGUUCAUGACAAUGUUGAAUAGAUUUGAAAAUCUGUUAGUGGAAUCUAAGCACUGAUCUAUGAAGGGUCAAUUACAGAUGUUGAAUCCCUAACAGUUUGGUGGGAAAUGGUGCUAAAAAUUCAUUUCAAUAAGUACAGCAUUUCUGUUAUAUUUUGGUUCCUUUACAAUGAAGAUUGUUACUAAUUGUAAACAAUCAGGCUACAUUUUGGUGCUAAAUAUUCUGGUGCUAAACUGAUUGUUAAUGCUAGGAGCUUAUCUGGGGAUCUUUUCCUUCACUGUCCUAUUAUUGGCUAUUUUAAAAAUGCAGUACUUAAUUAAGGAAUCUGACAACAGCAACAGCAAAAAUUCAUCUUUACCAAGAUUAGACAAAAUGAAUAAUAUCAUGAUAGUAAUAUUUUAAGUAUGUUACUUUAAGGAGCAGUCAAGUAAACUUGAGUUUCUUUAAUAUACAGAGAAGUUCUCCAGAAAUAUUUCAUGUUAAAAACAAGGUUCACUUUAUAGUUCUGAUUUCCUUCUCCCAUAAGUAAUACUAAAAUUAUAAACAAGGGCAAGACAUCCUAAUACUCUUGCUCCCCAAAUCUCAUUCUUUUGCCAUUAUCCAGAUUUUAGAUUGUCCUCCCAUGGAAUAUUCAUUGUCCAUCUCAACUCUAUGUUAUUUAAGCAAUAAAUGUGAGCACCAAAGUCUUCUUAUUGAAGCUAUGGGAAAUUACUUAUUUCAGGAGAAAGAAAAAAUAAAAACCAUUAUUUUAUAUAGCAAGUCUUAAUUGUAUUCAUAUUAUGCUUCCCUCCUCCCGCAAAGCUAUGUCCCUUCCAAAAGAAGGUAAUGCGUUUUCCUAAAUAUCAUUUACCUAAUGGCUAUCUCUGAUUUGCUAACUUUUGUGAGUAUUCAUUUCAUAUUUCUGAUUAGUAAAAUGAGGUUUAAUUUACAAAAUCCUCAAGGAUGAAAGCUAAAGAAUCAACAUCAGCAUUCCAUAAUAGAAAUACAAAAGAUUGUUUCACUUUACAUAUUUUAGGGGAGAAUUAACACAUAUUGGAAAGUUUAUUUUUUUCCUUCCAUCUCUAUCCCCUCUCCCCUUUUGUGGAUGGUCUUUCAACGUAACUGCUAGGAAAGGUUUUAUCAAGUUCUAUAGGAACUAUUCACAUAUACCUAGUUACUGAGUAAGGAAAAGUAACCUAUAUUAGAAUUGCAGGUGUAUCUUACAAAUCAGCUUUGAUUUACUUUCAUUUUUGCUAUCAAAACUUGAUCCAGGUUUUCCCUAUAAGUGUGUUAAUACGUGGCCAUGCAUUAAAAAAUUAGAAAAAGUAUAUCUAUAACUUUAAGUUCCCAGUUAGUCAAUCAAUCCACAGCCAGGCAGAAAUAAUACUUCUUUUGAGAUUUCUUGCAAAUAUUAACAGAGGCUAGCUACCUUUGUAAGUUGUGUAUUGGGAGAAAAUGCACUCAAUGAAAAGGAGGCAUUGUAUGGGGGAAAGAACUCCAGUUCCUGAGUUUGAGGACCUGCUUCCAAAUCCCAUCUAUUAUGUUUAUUGCCUGUAUAACCUUGGGCAAGUCACCUAGCAACUUUGAUUUCUAUUUUUUUAUGUGGAAAUUGGACUAGAGGCUCACUCAGGGCCCUUCCAGCUCUGAAAUACUAAAGUAAUAAACAAAUGUCAAGGGCAAGGCAUCCCCUACUACUCUUGCUCCCCAAAUUUCAUACUUUUGCCAUAUCCAGAUUUUAGUUUUUCCUCCCAUAGUAUAUUCAUUUACAAUCCAGUAAGUCACCGUAAGAAGCUCACCCAGAUUUCUUCAUAGUCGUGAAGAAAUACUAUUACUUUUGAUAAGUGUUAGGUUCCAGUAACAGGUUUUUUGGUCCCAAAUCCAAGCACCUGUUUCCAGCUUCCAAUUUACCAGAAAAACUACAAAAUGGAAGUCAUAAAAUUAGAAAAGUUUAAUGUUAUUUCACGAUUUAAAAAAAUCCACCUAGAUAAAUAUACAAUGAAUUUCUUUUAAUUACAGAAUCAAAUAUCUUAAUACAAAGAAAUUUUAAUUCCAUCAGCAUAAUAUCUCAAAUUUUAAUAACUGAAUCACAUCUCUUUCUUUGAUGAACUAAGUAUGUCACUAAUGGAUAAAGUUAAAUUCUUCCUGCUUACAUGAAUUGCUAUUAACUUAAAGACAUAUGAGUAAAAGGUUAGAAGACAAGACAAGUGAUGAGAAAUUUUGCUUUUCGUUUACUGUUUUAGGAGAGAAAACAAUUUUGUCUUGUACAACAAUUGAACGCAUAAUUUGGUUUUAUAGAUUUAAAACAGCAACCUAGUAGUGAGAAAUGCUCUAAAAUAUUACAUAUACACACAUACAUAUACAUAUAUGUGUGUAUAUAUGUGUGUGUUUGUGUAUUUGUAUGUGUAUUUGCAUACAAGGCAUUAUGUGAGUUCAAAGCUGUUUCCUCAUUAAGUAGGAAAAUACACCUCCCUAGACUUGCUCUGCUGCAGGCACUGGUGCCCUCUUGUGGUUAUUAAAAUGUCCUCAGUAAGGUGCAUUCUAGUAAAAAUAAAAAUGCCGUCUUCCUCAGCACCAAAAUAUUCCUCCUCAAACCAAUACCCAUAAAUUCCUCAGUCUCAAAUUGUUUAUUGUACUUGUCUGCUGAAUGGUUGAAAGCAAGAAUCCUCAAAUACAGUUAAACAUUGACAGUUUUCAUUAUUUCCACAUUGUUAAGUUACAUUUUUUUUCCCCUUUUUAAGCUUUAUACUGCUAGAACUGCUAUAAGGAAACUGCUAUCAGGUCUUCAUGUUUGAGCAGUGUGUUUUAUUAUCCAUUAUGCACUUAUGUCCUACAAUGCCAGAAAAAUAAUUGAACCAAUCACUCUUGCUUUUGAAUGGACUCCUUUUCAUAUCAGAAGACAAUUUCUGGCAAUAUUCAGAGUUUUGUUCUAUCAAAUUACUUAAUCACACUUUAACCUAAAAUUCAUGCAAGUAUACUAUUUCAUUAUUGUAACUUAUUACAUAUAAUGAACAAAUGAUACUACCUUUAAAUUGUGAUAAUUUUCUCUUUUGAAUAGAGUGAUAAAUCAUAAAAAUUUAAAUUAGAAUUUCACUGUUGGUUAACAUUAAUGCUGGGCUGUUUUUUUUUAAUUCUCCUAAACUAAAAAUAAUUUUCAAUGCAAAGCCCCAUUGAUUUUUAAAAAGAACUCACACAGAGGUAUGAGAAUAUUUUAGCUACAACGUACAACUGCUACACUUGGAUCAUAUUUUCAAGAUAAAUAUUUAAUGACCUACUAGAAUUUACUACUUUGAACAUAGACUUCAAUAGACUUUUGCCUUUAUUGCCAAAGUGAUGAACUACCUGUGUGACCUUGGACAAGUCAUUUAGCUGCUUUGACCUCUAUUUCAUCAUCUGGAAAUUGAGGGAGUUGAACUAGAGGCGGACUCAGGUCCCUUCCAGCUCUAGGUCUACAAUCCAAGUCAUUGAGAGAAGCUCACCCCAGAUUUCUUCAUAUAAGAAUGCUACCAUUUUCAAGUAGUGUUAGACUCAGGUAACAGAUUUUCUUGGUCCCAAAUCUAAGCAGCUGUUUCUAGCUUCAGGAGAACCAGGAAGACUGCAAGGAGGUAGUUAUUCUAUUUUUUUUUUGUCUGGGGCAGGAGGAGGGGGAGGGAGAAAGGAAGGGAUCUGGAUCACUACUCAAUAAUUUAUCUGCCAAAACAUUGUUUUUGGCUGAAACAAUUGGCUAUUGAGACAGAUGCUUUGGGGGCUCAGUUUUCUGGCUAACUGCCUAUAUAGUCAGAGCUCUGGUAUCAUGAAGUGUUCAAGGGCUGAGCCCAUGAGGCAUAGUUUUACUUACACAGUGAAAUCUAAUUUUAAAUGAUUUCUUAGUGCUUGUAUAUUUACUCUCAUCACAUACAGUAUUUUGGAAUUGAAAUCUUGUGAAUCAGAAUGUUGUGAAGUCCAUAUACAUACAAUAUAAUUCUUCAUACAUAAACCAAUAUUUUUAUGUAUUUAUAUGCUUUUGAAGUUCCUGUAUCUGUUUUCAAAUCUGUUUUUUUAAAGAAAAGUUCUUUGCCUAACACGGAUGUUACUAUGGAUCAUAAAACAUACCAUUUUCAUGUGGUUAUAUGAUCCUGAAAGUGUGCAUAUAUAUGCAUAUAUAUACACACAUAUAUGUGCAUAUACAUACAUACAUAUGUAAGCAUUGUGGUAUGUCAGUUCCCUUUCUUUCUUCAACCUUAGCUGUUCCAAACCUAAAAAUGUAAUUCAUUGUGAGCCACUUUUUAUUACCUUGUCAUUUCAAUAAAAAUUUUAAAAUUA